CUCCUUUUAUCAAUGGACAAGGGUAACAACAAGCGGCCUGGACCUCCUGAUAAUUCGGGAAAGGACAAGAAGCGAGCCCGAAUGCAACAGGCACGUUCUAUACAAACUCAAAAUUCUGCUCCACUCUCUCCUUCAUAUCAUGGAUCAGGCGCAUCAUCAUCUACGCCAGGCUCUGUAAAGACCAUUAGAACUAUAGAUGUUGUCAGUUUUACAGAGGCCCGCGCAUUUGAAAUCAACGCGAUGCACACAGCAAUGGAAAGUUCAAAGAACUCAGCAGUUCAAAGAGCAUUCCAGAGUUUACCCCGCAAUCUCCGGCGCCGUGCUGCAAGCCAUAAUGUCAAGCGGCUUCCUGUCCGUCUCCGGGAACGUGCAAUGAGAGAGGUAGAAUUCGAUCCUGUCAAGAAGGGCAAGAAACCCGAUAACAGGCAUAAGAAGCGGCGUCCUGGGACCAUUUCACAGGAGUAUCUCAGACGGCAGGGGACUAAGCGCUGGUUGGAAACACAUAUAUGGCAUGCAAAGAGAAUGAAAAUGGUCGAUAUCUGGGGAUACAAACUAGCUGAACAUUCGAAUGAGCAUGGAAUCCGAUCAGCCUACAAGUCUAGUCACCACCAAUGUAUCCUGCAAGACUCAUCGUAUUAUGGAUGUCUGGAAAUUACAGGAAUAAAGAAGGCGAUUUCAGAUGUAUUUGCCCAUAUGCUGGAUCCAACGACACCUUCUGUAGGAAGUCUUCGUUAUGUGACUGGGAAAAGACAGUUUACGGCCUACCUCUAUGAAUUUGACAGCUUUCCACAAAAGAUGAUUGCUCCCGCGACAUUUCUUUGGAGACAGAGUCCUAGUGGCUCUCAAGCUACUGAUGAUAGUAUCAGUCAUAUGGAUAUUGAUAUCAACGAGGGGGAGCUUUCAAAACAGGGCCAGCUUUGGAUCUGGAUUCAUCCUUCAGCAUUUGAGGACGCAAAAGCCAAGAUUCAGGAAGCGAUUUCGAAAGUCAAUAGCAAUGACAGCGGAAAUAAGUCUUCCAAAGACCAUGUGCAGAUGAAGGAUUUAGAAAAUUCACUGGUGAUGUUUGAUUUUACAGGUCCUAGAUCUACAGCUCUGUUACAAGCGGUUCUAAAGCCAACUCUACCGCAGUCACAGAUUAUUACGACUAAUAAUUACGAGGAAGCGCACAAAGCCUGGGACGUUUUAUCGACAUUGAGGACAUCAUCUUCCCUCCCUCCUGGAGUUGUACUCGGAUUAUUGGUAGAUGAUCCACGGUUAACAUUUCCGCACAAAACUGCACCCAGACCUACUUCACCUAUACCCAUAUCCAAAUAUAAAAACCUUCAAAAUCUUGUUACAACCUGGCCUUCCAAUGUAGCACAUUCGAUGUUAUGGGAAGAUAAAGAACGGGACCGGCUCUUGAAUUCCUUGACGCCCGAAGCAAAACUAAAUGAACGACGUGCUCAACUUUUGGUUCCUGGAACUAAACUCGCAGCUACAGAAUCCGACCCACGGAUCCCUAUUCUUCUAAUGCAACGGGAAGGGAAACCACAUACCCGGCGCGCUCCUGGGGGUGGAAGCAGUGAGUUUGAAUGUGGCUGGACAUUAAUCCUACCAAAGGGGUGGGGUAUGCCAUUUUGGAAGAGUUUUAUCUUUGCGGGCGCUCGGCCUGGAGGGACACGAGAACGAAGGAGCUUUCAUUUUGAGACCAGGCAGUCUUGUUUCCCAUAUGAUUUCCCUAGUACAACAGCAUAUUCGGUCUAUGCAGAAGAGUUUAAAAAGGAGGCCGAGGCUAAAUAUAGUCGUAAGCCUAUAGCCAAGAGGAUCAAUUAUUCGAAAAUAGGUGUGCAAGAUCCAUUUGGGGCAGUUUGGCCCAAGGCAUUGAAGGCUGGUGUUACCAUGUUACAGGGAAGCAAAGACGGCGGUGAUGGGGUUGAUGAUCGCACUGAGGAUAAACAGAACCAGCAACAACAAAAGAUUUGGUUACUACAAACGCCAAAGUUGAUCACAGCAUUGACAGAAACAUCUCGCGCAUCAGCUUCAAAUGGGGAAGAUGUGGCUAACUCUAGGGAAUUGACGAUCGAAACAUUAAAUCAAUCUGUUAUCACUGAGUCUCUUCAGGGCAUCCUCAGUAGCCCUUGCUUACAAGGAAUGAAAGGGUCUCUUCCACGAAUCGAGGACGCGUUAGUUCGAGUGGGGGUGGAUUUCUUGGGCAGAGGUACCAUUGGUAUGAAUGGAAUGAUAUAUGCCAUCCCUGAAAAGCAUUACCAAGAAUGGGCCACUUAUGUACAACUCAAAGGCAAGAGAACUGUCGAGGGCCGACCUCGUAAAGAAAAGAAGGAGAUUAAUUCAUGGAUGGACUCUGAUAGCGAAGAAGACGAGGAUGGCGACGAGGAAGAUAAAGAUGUGACAGAUCUGGAAAUGGCAAUACCGCCACCAGAGACACUUCUGGGCUAUGUGACAACAGGUCAAUAUUGCUAUAGCGAGGGAAAGAGCUACGGUAUUGCAUGUUGCUCUGCUACUGGCCUGGCACAUGUCAUCGAGGCUGAAACACGACAACGACAGGGAUUGCAGAAGGGUGCCAAAGCGCCAAAGAUGAUGGUCCUUGUCCGAAGUAUCCGGAGUAAAGUCACUCGCCUGGCAAAGCUUACGAUUCUUUCGUAACAAAAUUAAUAUAAUAAUGUAAUAAUAAUAAUAAUAAAAGAAAC